GCGCCAAAAGGAUUGCUGAGUGACAUGGAAGGUCGUGGUGGUUAUUUACCGAACAGCGGCGACUACUUCGAGGUCGAAUAUUUGCCAACGCUACCGGAUCGAGAACAGUUUGAGAAGGGGCCACAGGUGUCGGCUGGUAAGAAAGAUGACGAGAGUCAUCAUAGUAGUACUAAGGACGAAGAGCUACAUGAUCGAGGAGCAGUAUUUGCAGCACCCAAGAACAAACUGCAAGAGAAGCCACGCAAAACGAAGAAUCUGCUGGUAGUAGUUCAGCAAAGGAUGGCCCGAGUGAUGAUUGCGUGAAAGUAGAC